GAAAGUCGCCGCGGACGCGGCGAUGAAGCGCGUCAUUGGCACGGGCCCACUCGCCGAAGACCCGCGUGACGACGCUGACGGCCCUGGCCCCAAGCGCCCUCGCAAGGAGCUGCUCGACGGGGUCCCAUCGACGAUUCAGAUCGAGGCCCCGACGGCAGGGGACGUCACCGUGCAGGUGAACGCGUUGCCGACGGUUCCCCACGACGCUCGGCUCUCCAUUGGUCUGACUGAGCUCAACGUGACACUCUCGGGUGUGAAGCCCUUUGUCGUGGACGAGCCCACUGGUACGUGGUUUGUUGAGGUGCGUGGCGGCCUGGUCACGUCGGUGGAUUACCGUGCCCCCUGCCGCGUUCAAUGCAACGACGAGGCCUCUGGGAAGACCGCGCUCAAGAGCAUGGUAAG